UUCGUGAGCCGUGAUCUUUUUUUGAUGUUGUUGCCGUCGUCAGGCCGGUUCUUGUUUUGUUCUUCCCCUCUCUGCCUUCAUCUGUCGCUCACUCUCGGGAGGGAGGGGAGGAGGGGGAAAGAAAGAGCAGGAAGUGUAGAAAAAAACAGCCGAGAGAAACCAGGAAGUGAAGCAGCCUGUGUGCAAAGUGAAAGUGGAGUGGAGAGGAUCGGCUGUAGAGUGUGGUUCUGCUCUGCUCUGCGCUGUGCUGUGCUGCGGGUGCCUCUCUCUCUGCUCCCCAACGCCCAGGCUGCCCCUCUCCCUGCCUCCGGACUCCGCUUUGCUGUCACAGAGGGGACAGACAGCAGCUACGUGAAGGAACCGGCCAGGACUGCGUGCUGGAUUGGAGCAGGGAAUGUCUAGGAUGAGCAAUAGCAGUGGUCCGGCGACGGCCAGGGACGAUCUGCCCCAGAGCGACGGCACGUGUGACGCCUGCGAGCCAGAUGAGGCGCAGCCAGCGGAACAACUGUGUCGUCUCUGUGGCUUUGCGUUCUGCAGUGUCCAUGCCAACCAGCACCAGCGCAGCAUGCAGCAUGUCCUCGAACCCUAUGCCCCCCCCAUGGUAGAUGGGGCCAGCAUGGAGGCGGGGGCCAGCAUGGAGGCGGGGGCCAGCGGUGGGUCCCCGGAGGACGGUCCCCCGGAAGGUGGAGGGAGGCACCGCGAUCCGGUGACGGUGGAACGCCUGCGAUGCAAGCUGCACGGCCACGAAGGGUCGCUGUACUGCAAGCCGGACGAGAGAGUCAUCUGCGUGGUGUGUGCAGUGCAGGGCGAGCACCAAGGCCACGAGAUCAUCACGUUGCAGGAGGCUUACCUGUGGCAGAGGAGCAAGGCCGGAGUCGACCUGGUGGGCAGUACCCAUGAGAUGGCGGAGAAGAUCAAGUCCAAAUGGACCAGUCCAGAAAUGAGCGCGGAGCAGCUGGAGGAGUACGUGAACCAGCAGUUUGACGAGCUACACAGGCUGGUCCGACUGGAGGAGAAGCGGACGCUGCACCUGGUGGACCUGAAGGAGGCCUUCCUGACGGCGCAGGCCGCUGAGAAGAUCGCGGAGAUCACAGUGCACACGGAGCGGCUGCAAGAAGAGAUGGCCUCCAUCACUCAGCAGCUCGGGGCUCUGGACCAGGCGGAGGCUGCCCAAGGAGCCAUGAUCCUGAGCCAAGGCCAAGACCGGAAGUCAGACAACAGCCACCACGGGACUUUGAGGAUGACGGGCCGGGUUCCUUCAUGGGACACGCCCCCUGAGCUCAAGCUGCACCCCCCUUACCCUACCUCACCCUCAGCUGAGGACUCCGACCCGGGACCCCCCAGGAUGUCACUGGACCCACUGAGUUUUACUGGUGAAACUGAACUGCAUACAUGGAAAUAUCAGCGGUGGGGGGCAGGGUGUUCAUGUAAAUACCACUGAAGGAGAAAGUAUACAGAGUCUUCUGUAUUUUGUGAGGCGUCUUUGUCUUAUAAGGUGUAAAUGUGUAAUAUUAAAAGCAAACGUCUCCAAAUGAAAUUAAGCUGCACUAGAAAAUAUCUGUGACCUAAAGAAGGCCACAAAGCACCCACCCCAUUCAAUUUCUAACAGAAAGCAUGGGGGAUUAGCCUUAAAUGUUUGCGACUUAGUUCAGUCCACAUACCACCUGCUAUGGCUGUAAUUAUUUCCCAAGAACACAGCAUGGGAUCCCAGAAUCCCGCUGUCACUUCUGAUACGUCUGCCCUUCCAUCAACCCUGGAUGUGUUACAGAUGACUGGACACGGGGUCCAAAUCAGCCAAUUUAGCUGCUGCGGGGCUCAAGCCUAGCUUUACAUCCCGACCAUAGUCUUGGGACGUUCCUCAUCGCUGGCAUCCUUCUAGGCGGGCAGGAUUCACAUGGCACUGCAUUCGUUCUUCCACAUGAAGCACGCGGGGGCGGGGAAGGGGGUUGCAUUUUACUUUGGUUAUGAUGGUGUCAAUUACUGGGGUUUCCUCAUUCAGAAUGAUGUGAUUCUCUUGAUAUUUUAUUGAGCUAUAACUGGAUGCCAGUCUCCACGAGGAUUAUGGGAGGACUGCUUUUUUCCCAUCAUGUCUGGUCACCGUGACUCUGCUGUGAACAUUGUCAUCACUGCUGCACUGUUCUCGGCCAUUGCUCUCCAGUGUCACUGUGCCACUGAUUGUGUCCUCGGGGUGCGAUGCUGAGGUGUGUGUCUGCAGUUUGUUUUAUUGUUUUAAUGUUUAUCACUGUCGAAUCAAUGCCUUACCUUUUCUUUUGUUUCUUUUCUUGAUUUUCUAUUUUGAAAUGGCCGUAGAGGUGGUUAUUUUUAACACGGUUAAAUCUGAUCCCUGUGAAAUCUAAUAACUGUUUGACCUAUUUUGAAUGCAGCUCAGAAGCACAGCAUUAAUAUGUGACUUGAAUAUUAACAUUAUGAUUUGAAUAGCAGGGACAAAAUCUUCUGUCAUUUCUAGGGGGGUUUGACAGCAACACCGUGUGUUGCCCAUAUUUUUGUGUUUAUGUCUUUGGAGAGUGUAACAAAAAUGAAUCUCUGUACAUGUUUUCUAUGCAGCCAUAAACCAGUGUUUCCCAACCCAGUCCUUGGGGACAGACGGUUCACGUUUUUGCUCCCUCCCAGCUCCCUGCCAGAGAGUCCACAUUUAUCACUGAGCAAAAACGUGGACUGUUUAGGAGUCCCCGUUGACCGGAUUGACAAAUACUGGGAGGUGGCCAAGAAUGAAUGUAAAAAGUAAAUAAAGUUAAAGCAAACACAG